CGCAGCCAUAGAAGCUGCUUUUGCCAUACUAACACCCCCGCAUCCCAAAAACGCUGCUAGGAAGAGUUGUAUGGCAAAAAUGGCUAGCUACAGUAAGCUACUAGUCGUCCUCCUGGCCGCGUUUGCGCGCGCAGCGCCGCGCUGCUCUGCGGGGCCACCGAUUCACCCCGCGAGGCCGCCGUGCGGUCCCAGCGUCCCUCAAAGUCGCGCGCAGCGAUGGCGCGCGUCCGCGCGCGCGGAAACGCGCUCAAAAAGGCCGUUUACGCAUUUAAACAUUGAGAGCGCUCUCGCAGCUCGAGAGAGAAGCUGCUACCCCCUGAGACUCGCCGCGCCACACCAUUGUGACCGCGCAGGGCUUCGGAGAAAGCGGCGGCCCGCGAAGCGCGCCUCGCGCGCCGUUCUGUCUGUCCAAGCUCGAGGCCGCAUCGAGGCCUGCCUUUCGAGCGCGCACCAGUAGUCCGCCGCGGCGUCUCGAGGCCUUCGCCUGUUUCGCCACGCGUACUCAGAGCUCUUCGCGGCGCGCGCGUCGUCGCGCACGUUUUGAGUGGCUUCGCCGCGCGCGCGCCGCUUUACGAGCGUCUUCGCAGGCAAGCAAAGUCCGUCUUCGCCGCGCGCACCGUCAUGCGCCACCGCGCGCAACCGCCACGGGCCGGGGAGCCCAAGUUCAAGCGGUUUCGGCCUCCGGAGCCUGCAAAGCCUGCAAAGCGGCCGCGCACGGCGCCGCACGCACGCGAGGAGCCGCCGGUCACGACCGAAGCGCAUCGUCCGCAAGAGGCCGCGCUACCGUGGCAGCGGACGUCGAACAUGCGGCCGUUCCAGAGCCUGGCGCCGCCCGCGAGUGCGCCUCUGGCGGCGCCGCCGCCGAGCUGCGGCUUCGACGACGACGGCGAGCAGUCCCUCGCGGCCGCGGGCGCGGCCACGGCGCUGCCGCUCGCCGCCGGCGCGUUCGCGGCCGACGACGACUUCGCGAGACGCGACACGCCGGCGACGCUGGCGGCCGAGGUCCGCAACCCGCCGCCGCCGGCGCUAGAAGCCCCGGCGACGCCGCCGCGCUUCAGCCGCGUCCGGGAGGCGCCGGCUGUGCCGACGGCGCCAACUUCCCCAGUCGCGCCGCCGGCGCCGCGCCGCGGGCCGCGCGGGCCGCCGGCCAACGUCCGCGACCCGACGUCGCUAGAAGCGCCGCAGCCGCGGCCCUCCGCGCGCACGGCGGCGGCGGCGGCCACGGCGGUCGCCGCGCUGCCGGCGGCGGCGCCGCCGCCCCAGCUCGCGCCGCCGCUCGGCACCCGCGUGGUCGUGGGCUUCGAGGACGGCGAGGUCGAGGGCACCAUCCGGAAGGUGCUGUGCAUGUCCACCGCCGAGGUCCAGUACGACGACGGCCCGACCGACGUCAUAACGUUCCCGAACCCCGACGUCCGCAUCCUGUCCGCGGCGCCGGCGCCGCGCGCGGGCGGCGACGCCGUCGCGCCGCCGCCGCCGCCGUCGCCGCCGUGUCUGCCGGUCGACGUCGCGGUAUCACUUAAAGCGUGGGCCGAGGCGAACGUCAAAGACGAGUUUUUGCUCUAUGAAUUGGACGAGGCGCUCGAGAUAGUGAACGUCGAGGCGUGCGAGAGCGCCGACGAGCUAGCGAGCGCCCUGAACCUAGAUAGUUGGCCGGACGAUCUAAGCGAGCGGCUGCUGCGGGCCUGGUGCGAGUGGCGAGGCCAGGCCUACAGCGAGUCUGCGUCUGAAGAGGAGGACGACGAGUCGGCGAAGGAGGAGAGCGUGGCCGAGGCGUCCAGCGACGAAGAGAUGGACUACGCCUCGGACGGCUCGGACAAGGACGCGGCGGAGGCGGACUCGCUGCUGGGCGUCUUCACGGCGCGGCCUUCCAACAAGGCGCCGGCUUCGCGGCCUCCCAAGGCGCGGCCUUCCACGGCGCCGGCUUCCACGGCGCUGCGCGAUGCUGAAGCGCGGCGCGGUAAUCCAGCACCCACGGGCGUCGAUUCUACCGGCAGCGACGUCGACGUGGACGAGCCGACGGCCGAGCCGUGCGACGACGGGUCUACCGAGACGUUCGAUGUGCACAAGAUUCAUGACUUAGUCGUCAACCUGCCGCCGCCGCCGUCGGGGCCCCCGAGGGUUUGGGUGCCGAGCGAUGGGUAUUUCAGAUCAUCAUCAUCAUGUGUGCAAGGAGAACCGCUGACACCAAGGCGCCAGCGUCACGCCGAGAAAGGCGUGACGCUGCUAGAACAAAAAGUGGCCGCCCACAAGACGCUCGAGAACAAGGAUGCGGACGGGAUCGUGGUGGUAGCUUAUAAUAGCGGAAAUAGAGGGUUCCGGUCACCUGGGCUAACGAGUUACACUAACGCAUCAGCGAUGAUACGGCGACUGGAAGACGGCCCAUCGGGUAAGACGUCGGAACUUGCGAAGAUGCAAGUGCUUCGAGCGCGGGUGGAGGCGCUAGCAAAGAAGGCGGGUUACACAGGCGGCAUUGAAGCUCAUGGAGCUAUCUCUAGUGGUACGCACUUAGGUAUAUUUGAGACCUGGCAGGACAAGUUCAAUGAGCGCGGGACGCUAACUAGAGUCAGGAUCGACGGCGUUGUAUAUGUGGUUCGUUUACAAGGCCAUCGAGGAUCGUCACAAAUCGUUUUUAUCGAGGAUGACGAUUAUGCAAAGCAAAGGGUCGAUGAACAAACGAAAUGGGUCCAGAAGUGUCAGGCCGAGGGCAAGCCCACGGGCCACGGCAAGGGCCGGGACUUGCGGAAAGGCUCCAGGGCCGUCGAGGCGAUCAAUUCACCCCUCGGCAUCCAGAUCAGGAAGAUCCUAGAGGAGGAGAAGGAUCCGAGAAAGGCCGCGGCUUGUCUUUUGGAGCGGUGCCCCAAGCAAGUGUCCAUCAAGGUGCUCGAGGCACGGCUGGCACGGCUUCCUCCGAAGAGCUGGGAUUACCGAGCGCACAAGAGCACGAUCACCUUCCUGAAAGCCAGAAAGUCGGGGAAGAAAGUCGCGGGCAACGACGGCGAGGGAACGCACGGCAUGGAUGAGUUUCUUACCUACGAACAAGCUUUUGUUUACAUCCCUAAUAAAGACGAGGACGCCGCGAGUAUUUUGUUCGAGAUCAGUCUGCGUGAUAUGGAGAAGACGAUAGCGAACCCGAUGGGCGGCCGCUACCGGCCCCUGCGCCGCCCGACCCUCAUGGAGGUGUGCCCCGAUGCGCUGGACGACGGUCUGCGGAAGGUGGCAAGUAAGGUGGACGUCAUCGGGACGCACCGCGGGCCUGACUAUAAGUUCCUUAAGAAAAAUAUGCCCAAAGACGCGGACGACGUCGACGUAGUAGACCUCGUCGACAUCAUGUGCGUAUUGUGUGGUUUGGAUGCGCUCGGCCGGCCGCGGCACGACCACCCUAUGGCUAUUGCGGGAGCGGCGCAUAGUAUUAGUACGUCGUGCACGUUCUUGACCAACACGCUCGGCAACGACCUCACGGAUCUGAAGACUGGGGAAUUGUGCUCGAAGAUGCGGCACCAGGCGCGCGUCGACGCCCAAAUUAGUCUGACGUGCUGCAUGCGGCUCUGUGACGCGCGCGAUCAUCAGCUUGCGGGAAAUAGGUACGGCUUUCCUCCGCUGGAGAAGUACGAGCCCAGCGCGAGGUAUCAUCAAGAGUUGGAGAAACGCAAAAGCCGAGACAAGCGCAAGCGGGCGAGGUCGAAGCCGGAGUCCGAGGAGGAGGUGGUGGUAGCUGACGAGUGUUCUGACCUGCCGAAGACGCGCGUGCGCAAGCAGCGCGUCGAUUUAUCUGAAAUUGACAAGGACGGCGAGAAGGAGAAGAAGCCGCGGGCCAAGAAGCGCAAGAAGAAGGAGGAGACGAAGACCCUCCAGCAACUGGUCGGGUGCCGUUAUAAGGACGCCAUACUCAUCGCGCGCAUCGACCCGGAGACCCACGAGUUGCUCCCGAUCCUCUCGCAGUCGGAGUGGCCGACCACCCGAGCGGGCCUGCCCGCGCGCUUCCUCGGCCACGCGCCCGAAUACGAUGCUAAUUCGGGCUUCUUCAAGCCGAAGGGAGACGUCGACGCGAGCGUCUGGCCCGGCGGCACGGACGGGCCCUGGGCCCUCCGUUCGCUCGAUGGACCACACGAGCGCGGAUCGUCGAUCAAGGCGACGGGCCCGUGGAUGUACUUCCGCAAGAUCACGAAGCCGGAGGAGCAGGAGCUCAAGCGCGCGCUCUUCCCGGGCGAGGCGUGA